CGGUACCUUGGGUAAAAUCCGGGGUACCGCAUACCUUGAGUAUGAAAACACUAUCUAGACCUUGAAUUAGUAGGAUUUUUGAGCGUGAUACUAUACCCUAACUCUUAAUGAGUGAACCCUACGUCCUAGUUAUCCAAAUCAUAAACUAUAAACCCUAAGAUGGUUUUGGAAAUCAAUUCAUUUUAUUCUAAAUAUUUGAAUAUGAAAUAUCACACACAAUAGUUCAUUUGACAAUAAAUUCUACGCAGUAAUUUAUUUUAAAAUGAAAUGAAUUCCUUAUCCAUUUGGUACCAAACGGUCCGUUCGAUUUCCUUUCUCGAUGAAUCUUUUAUUUUGACUCACAAGUCGCUUUCAGACGAACCAUGUUUGACUCAAGUUAACAUUCAUAUUAUUUCUAUUCCUUUUUUUUUUUUGACGAAUCAUAUUAUUUCUAUUCCAUUGUAAGAACCAAACCAUAUCAACGGUUGGACCAGUAGAACCGUCAAAUCAUUUACAAUAGAGGUCCUGGUUCAUUGCAUAGACGGUUAUUGAUGAACCAAACGAUUUUCACAGUUCAACAUAAAAUCAAAUAAACCACCACGGUUUAAUUUGUCCACGGGUUCACUAUAUUAGAAAAAAAAUACUUUAACAUUAACUAAGACCAUCAAACCAUAAUUUUUAAUUUUAUAUAUGCUUACACUUCUCAUUUCCAACCUUGUUGUCGACUUUACGAUGUCACUAUCGACUGGCACCGUAAUUUUUAAUUUGAAUUAGAAAAUGAGAUAAUACCACUAGGAAACUCAAACUAUUAAGAAUGUGUCAUUUGUGUCCUAAAGUAUCCAAUAUGACAAUUGUGUCCUAAACUAUUUUUCGUUAGAGUUGACCGGCGUUGACCGUUAGUAUUUAACAAAUGGCACGUUCUGAAUAGUUCGGGUUAGGACGUAAAUGACACAAAACUAUAAUAAGUUGGGACAUAAAUGACACAAAACUCUAAUAGGUUAGGACACAAAUGUCAUAUUAGAUACUAUAGGACACAAAUUACACAUUCUUAAUAGUUCGGGUUUUCUAAUGGUAUUAGCCCUUAGAAAAAUUAUGAUUUCUUUUGUGAGAUGGUUUGAAUGAUUUAUUAGAUAUUUUAGUGAUGAUAUGAAUUUGAAAUUACAGCGACCAACCUUGCAAUUUACUCAUUCCCUUUGUCUUCCAUGCUAGCCAAACAUAAACGUUUUUUGUAAUUACCGUGACCAACCUUGCAAUUUACCCAUUCCCUUUUGUUUGACAAAACUAACCCAAUUUUAAAAGGAUACUAAACGGCGCCUACGACUAGAAAGAAGCAAAAGAAAAGUGGUAAAAGUAGUUCACGAUGAUGCACUUCAAAUAUCAAUCCCCCUUUUUUUGCUCAAAUAGUUCGAUGUUAUUUUUAACAAAAAACAAAGGUGAUCGCGGCCGGAAAGAAAUAUAAAGAAACUUCGUUCGGUCUAAUUAUCGAGCAACAAAUCGAUCAUUCACAUGAAUUUCCGGCCAAACCAUUACAAAUUUAUAUUAUUAUUGUAGAACUGAAAGUAGCCUUUUUUUUACGUCAAAUGGAAAACAGAGGAUUUGGUGCACAUCCAUCCAUCCCCAUUUCCCGGGCCACUGAGAUGGUGGCAGCAGUCCUUAACACUAAUCCCGACCAGACGCCCGGAAUUCAGCAAACCGUCUUUUUUUAUUGUGCGGCCGAGCGGUGGCGCUUGCAUCAUCCUCCAUCGCCUUAAUUGGAAUAAAUAAAGAAAUAACGUAUUGGACAAUGCAAGAGGCGGAGAGUGAAUCACCAAGAAUGGCUUUCGACAAACAUCACUGGGCAAUUUGAAUCCACCUCGCAGGUGAUAGGACCUCCAGUUUCUAAACUAGUGGUAUUAUCGCUAGGUCAAGCUCUUGUUCGUAGUUUAUCUCAAUUUCUUACAUUAUUUAUACAUAUUUCUGCUAUUUCGAGUUUUCUUCAACUAAUUAUAGUCGAUCUUUCAACUUAUUAGACUCAAUUACCCAUUAUAUUAUCACAAUUUUUCAUUCAUAAAAUGUUUUCCCCUUCGUUUUAUCGUAAAAAGUAAAAUUUACGUGUUUUUUUUCAAAUAACAUGUAAAAAUAGGUCGACCCGCCCCGUACCGGCGCGAAUUUUAUACGUCCCAACCCGUAAUAACGUGAGGCGAGGCAUGAGAAUUGAGGUACCCACCCUACACCACCGCAUUGCCAUCACUUGUCGGACUACGAAUGACAAGUGAUCAAUCCGGAAUUUUGAUGUAGAAAUUAACAUCUUACACGUACUAAGAAUUGGAGGGUAGGGAGAUGUGAGUGAUUAAAUAGCUAGGGACUAGAGAUGUCUUUCAUCCAAAAAAAAUUAAUUAAAAACAAAAUAAUCGAUAAGUACAAGUUACUAAAAAAUAGGGUAAAUACUACUAGAAAACCCGAACUAUCAAGAAUGUGUCAUUUGUGUCCUAAACUAUCUAAUGUGAUAUUUGUGUCCUGUGUAUGAUAGUUAUGUGUUUUUUAUGUCCUGACAAUUUCGUUGACCAUUAUAGAUAACGGUUGACUUUUGUUGACAUGGCAAAAAUGUGUCAGCCACGUAGAUCAGACGGAAUGGAGCUGGGGAUGCCGCUGAUGGAGCUAGGGAGUGGCUAAGGUCAAGGUUGAUUGUGGUCUGUGGAGGGAGAAGGGGGAGAGGUCAGAGAAAACUACGAAGGAGAAGGGGACGGGAGAGGUGUAAGUAUUUUAUUUUGCAUUUUUGUACUUAAAUUUUUCAUUAGAUGGAAAAUUAACUAAAAAUUCAUAUUAAAAUUUCAAGUCAGAUGCCACGUCAACUGGAUUUUCCGUUAAAUAUUUGAUCAAUGUCAGUCAACUCUAACAGACAAAUAAUUUAGGACAUAAAUGUCAUAUUGGAUAUUUUAGGACACAAAUGACACAUUCUUAAUAGUUCGGGUUUCCUAGUGGUAUUAGCACUAAAAAAUACCACAAAGUGUUAUCAUCUUCUUAAAACAUUAUAAAAAACACUAUGUGUCUACAAUGUUCAACAAAUUUAUUUCGAUAUACAUUCUAUUCAUACUAGACAGUCAUUCACGAACUAUCAGCCGCUAUUUUCGGCUACAAAUGGAGUAGUGAACCUCCCAAGUACCUCAGGUUCCCCCUUGGAGCCAAACCGAACGAUCCAAGGAUCUGGGACUCAAUGCUUGAUAAGUUAUAGGGUAAACUUAAUGGCUGGGGGAGCAAACAUCUAUCCACUUGUGCGAGGCUGGUUCUGUGUAAAGUGGUUCUGUCAAGUACGCCUUCCUACCUGUUUUCUCUUGUCAAGGUGAUGGUGUUCGUUACUAAUGAUACGGAGAAAGUGCAGAGGAGGUUUAUGUGGAAUGGUGCGUGGGAUUCUAAUAAAAUGGCUCUUGUAGAUUGGAAACUAUGUAAAACCGAGAAGAAAAGAUGCGGUCUUGACAUUCAUGAUCUGAAAGCUUUCAAUGAUGCGAUGCUAUCCAAAUGGUUGUGGCGGUUUGCGGUGGAAAGAGACAGUUGGUGGCGUCAAUCAAUCGCCAUCAAAUAUCAAAACCCUUCCUUGGUUUGGCAGACUGGAAAAGCUAGACAUGGGUUCUCUCAAUCUGUAUGGGCGAAUAUAUCCAAAGAGUACGAUCUUUUCUAGGAAUUUUGCUAGUAUGGAUCCUGGAAACAACACUUCUAUAUCGUUAUGGCACGAUUGUUGGUCCCCGAGGAUGGUCUUGUCUACUUCGUUCCCUCGCGUAGGUGUUGCCGCUGCCGACCCUGAUGCUAAACUUUCUGACGUGGCAUCCCUUAACCGCUCUAAACGAGUGAGUUGGUAUGUAAACUUGAAAUUUAAUUUGAGGGGUGGGGGGGGUGCUGAGAGGGAGAGAGUAGAGUUAAUGAAUUUUCUUAAGAACAUUGUUUUGUCAAAUAACGCAUAUAGUCCUAGUAGAAUAGUGUGGAAUCCUAAAAAAAUGGCAAGUUCUUUGUGAGCUCUUUAUACAGGAAUCUGGUGAAGGAUGUUCUUUUGGAAAUUCAAGAUUUUUCGUCCAAGCAAAUAUGGAAGGUUGUGAUUCCGAGCAAAGUGUUCUUCUUCUUGUGGCUUGUCUAUCAUAAUAAGAUUCUUACGGUGGACAACUUGAAGAAAAAAGGUUGGUUGUUGGUUAAUACAUGCUGCCUCUGCUACCAUAAUGAGGAGUCUGUCUCUCAUAUGCUUAGGGACUGUGAGUUUGUAAAAGAGGCGUGGCACGUUAUUAAUCGGUACAGACCACUUUAGUCAUUACAAGGUAGAGAGAUCACAUCGAUCAUUAAAAAUAGCUCUCAUACCAAGUCGGACAACACUAAAGAUUGGUUUAGAGAGUGUAUUCUGCACCCUGUGUGGUGGUACAUUUGGUUGGAAAGAAAUCAAAGGGUGUUUGAAGAAAAAUUUAUGACGGCCAAAGCGGUUGCUAGAAGAGCUGCAAGGAACUCAAUGGAAUGGUUAGUGGCUCAUGGGAAAAUUGAGAAAAUGCAGGGUGAGAUCUAGCUGUGCGAUGUUUUGGAGGGAUGCUGAUCCUGGGGAGUAGCUAUGUUGAUCUUCGCAGAGUAUGUGUUCCUGGGGAUGGUUUUCCUGGCCUGAGGUGCUGGUGAUCAAUCGAUGGUUUGUGGUUCACUUUUGAGGUUCUAAUGCUAUUUUUUUGGGGCUUGGACUGGCUCUCAGGCAUGUUUGGCUGUGCCUUAUCUAUUGUCCAUUUCUGUUUUGCCGUCUUCGUUGGGGUUUCCCCUGUGGUUUUGUUUUCUUUUGUUGCGUUUGAGUAGGAGCGGUCUGGUCCGCUUUUCUCUACCUCUUUUCCAGUUUUUUCCUUCUUAUCGUUUCAUUGUGGGAUCGAUCCUUUUGAUCCCCUUUGAAUGUACUUUUAAUGGUUUUGUUUUGUUUCUUCUUGCAAUUUAAUUUUAUCACCAUUAUAAAAAAAAUAUAUUAUACAAGUUCAAUUUGUACCUAGAAUCACCAUACUUUAGAGCAAAAUAGUAGAAGGGGUCGAGAAGGAGGGAGGGGGCGAAGUGGUACCACACCUUUAGUAGACUCUUUGUAACCCAAAUACGUUGAUUUUUUGUACCAAAAGCCCACAAACCGAGGAAGAACGUGUGAUGGAGUACCAAACCUACCAUUUUUGGGUUGUGCUCUCCGGCUCCAUUACUAAAUUCUACCUUAUGAGGUAUGAUUCCCAAUGCUCGUACAAGGUGGUCAACUAUGGUGUUAUGGCCCGAAAAAAUCAAAAUACUAUCCAAAAAGGCGCUAAUUGUAUAAAAACACGCAUAGAGGCUACUAAAUGCACUUUAGAACAAAUAUCAAACAAAUCCAAGUUAAAAUGACUAAAUCUGUGAAGAAAUUAUGCAAAAGAUG